GCCGUCCAGCGUCGGGGGGAGGGGCUUUGCAGAGCUGCGCGCGCCGCCGGCCGGUACCUGACGCCUCGCGCCCGUCAUCCUUUUAACGCCUUCUCGCCUUCCGCGGGGCCGCGGCAGGCUUUUCACUCCGGGGCGGUCUCCCGAUACCGAGGUGAAAUUUGUUUUCACGGGGCGCGCGCGUGCGGGUAGGGGGGCGCCUUAUCACUUAAUGCCUCCAGAAGAACCGACAAAAGGAUGCCACGGAAAAAGAAAAAAGUUAAAGAAACUUCUGAAUUUCAGAACCUGGAGAAGGAUGCUGAAACUACCAGUUCUGUCAGUGUGAAGAGAAAGUGUAGAAUUGAAGAUGCAUGCAUUGUGAUAUCUGAUAGUGAUGGAGAGGAACCAAAGGAUGAAACUGGAUUACAGAAAAUGAAGACAAAGCAGUCAAGUAGAGCAAAAUGUUUAGCUAAAAGAAAAAUUGCACAAAUGACAGAAGAAGAACAGUUUGCCUUGGCUCUCGAAAUGAGUGAGCAAGAAGCUAGGGAGUUGAACAGCCAAGAAGAGAAAGAAGAGGAGCUCUUGAGGAAAGCCAUCGCUGAAAGCCUGAAUAGUUGCCGGCCUUCUGAUGCUUCUGCUACCAGAACUCGACCUCUGGCCAUUGGACCAUCAUCACAGUCCCACCAAGGGAAAACCACAGACUCUGAGACCACUGAAGGCAUAUGGCAGCUGGUACCUCCAUCACUGUUUAAAGGCUCACAUGUCAGUCAGGGAAACGAGGCUGAGGAAAGAGAGGAUCCUUGUGACCACACUGAAAACACUGAAGAGGAGCCGGUCUCUGGCAGCUCAGGAAGCUGGGACCAGUCAAACCAGCCAGUGUCUGAGAAUGAGAACGUUAAAUGUUUUGACAGAUAUACUGACCACUUGGCUGAGCACACACAGUGUGAGAAGCCACAGGAAAGUACUGGGAGGGGUUACGCUAUUCUCCAGGCUGCCCAGGGUAGGGGGGACACAUCUAGGCACCGUCUGCCUAUCCCAACAGAAGUGAAAGGUCUCCAGGACAUUGGAGACACUGUGCAUUACUUCUGGGGUAUUCCAUUCUGCCCUAUUGGAGUAGACCCUAACCAGUAUACCAAGGUCAUUCUCUGUCAGCUGGAGGUUUAUCAAAAGAGCCUAAAAAUGGCUCAGAGGCAGCUCUUUAAAAAAAGGGGGUUUGGGGAACCAGUGUUACCUGGCCCCCCUUCUCUGAUCCAGAAUGAAUGUGCCCAAGGAGAUCAGGCUAGUGAAAAAAAUGAAGGCAUCUCAGAAGAUAUGGGAGAUGAAGACAAAGAGGAGAGGCAGGAAUCUAGGGCAUCUGUCUGGCACUCAAAAACCAAGGAUAUCCAAGAAAACAAAAUUAAAAGCUUGAAACAGAACAUUUUGUUGGAGGAAGAACCAACAACCAGUCAUGGUCAGUCUUCCCAAGGUGUGUUUGUUGAAGAAACUUCUGAAGAAGGCAACUCUAUGCCUGGUUCACAAAGCAUUGCUACUUUGACUAGUAAGAGACACUUAUUCUGUAUGCCAGAGAGUUCUGCAGAAGAAAUCACUGUUUGUCCUGGCACACUCAAGAAUGCUUUGCUGUCUUGUGGAAAGAAAGCUUUACCCUCUCUCUGUUUGGUUUUGAAGGCUGGGGAAUCCAAGAUCAAGGCGUCAGCAGAUUGUUUGUCUGAGACACAGCUAAGUUCCACUGAAACUUUUGACCUUGAAAGAGAAGACUCUUCAGGUGGCCAGGAAACUGUGGAUGAAGUAAAAACAAUGGGAGAUACGGAGGUUGGUAACAGGGAAGAUGUUGAGAAGGAAACACCUACUUCUACCUUUUCAUCCAGUAACCAGGUGUCAUGCCCAUUAUGUGACCAAGGCUUCCCACCCACAAAGAUUGAGCAACAUGCCAUGUACUGCAAUGGUCCAAUGGAGCGAGAUACAGUGAUGACUCGGAGACAAAGAGAGGCCAAGAGCAAGAGUGACAGAGGGAUAACUGCACAGACUUCCCUAGACAUUGACAAGCUUGAGAAGUGUUAUCUUUGUAAAUCCUUGGUCCCAUUUGGAGAAUAUCAGUGUCAUGUUGACUCUUGUCUUCAACUUGCAAGAGGUGACCAAGGAAAUGGGCCUGAAGAGGGUGCCAAAGCAUGUCCAACUGUGAAAAGGAAGCGAGUGAAGAAUGCGAAGGAUAAAGGCCAAAAUGAAGGCCGACUCCUCAGUCUCUUGGAACAGUCAGAGCACAAGACCAUAGAUGCAGAGAUAAAUACCAAGUCUUCAGAAGUAGGAACCUUCAGGUUGCCUUCAGAGGAAGAGGCAGGCUACAGCAGAGAAAUGCAGAGUUCCCACAUACAUCUCAACUUAAAUGAAUCUCCCAUCAAGUCUUUUGUUUCUGUUUCAGAAGCUACAGGUUGCUUAAUAGACUUCAAAAAGCAACUUUCAGUCCAGCCAGGUACCCGGACUCGGACCAAAGCAAGCAGAGGAAGAAGGAGAAAAUACUGACUUUUGGGUCCAAAUAUUCACAAGACUAUUAAUAAUAGGAUGGCCAUAGUGUCCUCCAGUUAAUUAUUAAGCAAAUUUUGAUUGUGCAGUUUUCAUCACCAGCACCCAGUCAUCAGUCACCCUGAUUUUUAUGUUUUCUAUGAUCUAUACAGACAACAAUGUAUAGUAUUCUGUUUUGUAACAUUCUGUUUGAAUUUGCUUAUAGUUAAAAGAAAGUUUAAAUAUAUUUAUGUAUGA